AUGCAAGUGGCCGAGGUGCUCAAGCAAAAAGGCAACGCGUGCUUCAAUAGCGGGGACGUUGAUGGGGCGGCAGCCGCCUAUCAGGAAGCCAUUGACUUCCUCUCGCCUAAGCAGAGGCCGGAGGGGCAGGCGGGGGAGAAAGGCACCACGAAUGCCAUCAUGGGUGACGCAGAUAAGUUGCUUGCACUUUUGUAUUCCAACUUAAGUAACGUCUACCACAUUAAAGGAAAACAUGACGAUAGCUGGCAAGCAGCCGAGCAGGCGACACUCCAUGAUCCUACCUUUACAAAGGCGUGGCUUCGGUACAUACAAGGUCGUCAGAUGGCCGGUUACCCAUUUGAGGCCUUCGUGACGCUGCUGCAGCGACUUCGACCUUUGCUACGCCGCCCUGCAUCCUCCACGACACCAAAGCACAGUGCGGGUGACGUUGCCGCGGUGGGAGCCUCGCUCUACGAGGAUUUGGGGCUAUCGAAGGUGUUGUCCCACAUUGAGCUGGGUGAGUAUGAAGGGGGUGUUGGCAUUGUUGCCCGCAAGGCGGUGAAACCGAAUGAUGUGAUUCUUGUAGAGAAACGCUUUGAGACUUCCUUCGCGGAGCUGGAUCUUGGGGAACAGAGUGACUUGACAACUAUGCGGAUUGUGGCCUACUUCGCAAAGAAGAUGUAUCCACACCAGCGCGCAAACUCCGAGACGUGGGUUCGUUUCAACAAGCAGUUUAAGGGGUGCUGGCCGCGCUCUCCGGGGGACAUGUCGGCCGACGUCCGGAGUGAACUCUCCCAUGCCCUGCGAAAGCAGCUUCCCGCGAUGGACGACGACGCCUUUGAGUCGCUUUUCGCCUUGGCCGUUAUGUGCCGUUACAAUUGCUUUCACUCUGGCUUUUUUCGGGCGUGCGCGCUGGCGAAUCACAGCUGCCUCGCAAAUGCCGCCAUGAAGUACAACCCAGAGGAUGAAACUGUGACACUGAUCGCGGUGCGUCCCAUAAGUGCGGGAGAGUUUGUGAAUGUCAAGUACCUGAGUGAUGCCCACUUCUUAAUGGGAGUCGGGAAGCGAAGAGAGUAUCUUCGCUCUUGGCUAUUCUGGUGCAAGUGCGACCGCUGCUCAGCGGACAAUGAGAGCUCCGCCACACAGGAGCAACUUCAGUGCCGUCAGUGCCACGGCUGGACACACCUUCCACUGACGACGGACGGGGCGGCGAAGAAGGAUCAGGACCCAGUUCUUCCACAUGAAAAACCAUGCAUGCAUUGCGGAGCCACCGUUGCGUGGUCGCCAGAGUCAAGAGCGAUUGUGUCGCAGUUGAUAGUUUCCUUCAGCAGUGUCACCGGGAACAUGACAUACGAUAGUCUCAUGAUGUGGCUUCUGGAGGGGGCGCGACAGAUUGCCGUCCUCCGUGUGCAUCCAGAUAACUGGCUGUAUCGUGUCCUCCUUUACUUUUUUUGCGUGCCGAUGACCUCAAUUGUGAAUGGCGCCUUUGAGCAGUUUAGCGCCAAAGGGUGGCAUUCGCCGCAAGUAGAAAUGUUGAUGCGUGACGCCGGUUUUCGGCGCCUCUACACGGAAGUUAUCAACGGCGGCACAAAAGCGGAGGAUGGUUCCCAGCAGACAGGCGAGUCUGUUUCUGCCGGAGUUGCGUGUGGUGGCAACGUCGGCAGCGCCGGCGUGGCGGAGCCUGCGGCGGAGGUGGUGAGGGGCGGCGACGUCCUAUACGCACUCUGCGUUCUCUGGCGCCUCAUCUCCUCCUUCUACCCGCCCUACGAGGGGUGGAGCCUUCACCGCAGUAUUUGCCGCCUCGUACUGUUUUCCCACACCAACCCUAACGAAGCCGCCGCGCUGCACGAAACACACGCAUUGGUGCUCCUACGACGCCACGGGAGGUACCUUGACGACGCGGAUGCUUCGGUGUGGCUGCACGCCUACAACCGUUUUAAACCGACGCCACAUCGGAAAGGAAUGCUGAGCGUCAAGCAGGCCAAAGCCGCCUUUCAGUCGUGA